CAACUAAGCGCAUCUCCAAUCCAUUAUCGCACCCAGUCUUCUCAAAGAUGUCGGGAAUAAAGCACUUCAUCGUAGUCAACACAAUUUCGCCCGGCGCAUACGAGGCGCUAAAAGAGGCGUUUCCCGAUGCCAACAUCAGCAACGCUGUUGCGGGAGAAUCAAGUUGUCCCGGUGACUUGUCCACUCUGUCGCGCAAAUUAACUGAAGACGAAGUUGCUCUGAUGCAAGAGGCUGACAUACUCGUGGUACACCCUGCCUUUCUGUCGAAGGUCAUGUACGACUUGCCAAAGACGAAAUGGGUGCAACUUACAAGCACUGGAAUCAAUAUACUUCUCCGCGCGAGAAGAGAAGAUACACCGCUCCCUGCUUAUGCGGUCACGCGGAACUUCUCAAAGGAAGUUGGAGUUAUUAUGGCGGAAUAUGUGGUCGGACAAAUCAUCUGCCACGAGCGAUCGUGGCACUCCAGCAUGGCAAACCAGCAACGAAAUGAUUUUGACAGAGGCAACAAAUUCUCCCAAUUUCGGAGUCUGAGUCAACUUACGAUCGGCAUACUUGGAACUGGAGCCAUGGGAUUAGACAUUGCUGGAGCAUUAAAAUACUUCAAAUGUCAGGUACACGGAUACUCUAGGCGACCCAAAGAGGCUUCUGAGAGAUCGCCACUCUUCGAUGACUACUGGCACCACAGCCAGUUGCCGGAUUUCUUGAGUACAUGUGAUUACGUCGUGUCUGUUCUCCCGUCGACACCGGAAACCCGUGGAUUACUGGGCAAAGAUGUUCUUAGACAUGCUAAGAAGAGUCCGGUUCUCAUAAACAUAGGACGCGGCGAUCUCAUCAGCGAGAGUGACAUCCUGCAUGCCCUAGACUCCGGGUGGAUCUCUGCAGCCAUCUUGGAUGUCUUUGAGAAGGAGCCCUUGCCGAAAGAGAGUGCCCUCUGGAAUCACCCUAAGGUGGUGAUCACGCCUCACGUGUCUGGAUUUGGAAACGCAGAAAUCCGCAAUAAAGCGCUCAUCGACUGUUUUUCACGAAAUUACGAGCGUUUCAUCAAUGGCCAGCCUCUUCUCGGAAGACUCGACUGGGAAUCUGGAUACUAAUAUAAAAAAAAUAUAGAAGGUUGGUUGGUCUGGUAAACUGGUGUCACAACAAUUAUGGGCAUCACGGACACGGGUGGGAUUUAUACCUUAUCAUGAAAAGUAAACACUAAAAGAACUGUAGUUCAUCUGAGGAUGCAAUGGAAGGAUAGAGUUUACUAUAGUCACAUAAGAUCAUUGCUGUUGUUUUAAAAUUGCCUUCGCAACAAAUGACUGAAACUCGCGUCAUUCAUUUUCCUAUUUGGAAAGGACGGCAGAGCCUCAAGAACUAAGGAUGACAUGACGCAAAUGGAACUGAAGAUCCUCUUAAAACUUCGCAGCAAAUUGCCCAAGUCUGUCUCACCUAAUUACAAUUAAUUCUUUGAUGUUU